AUGGCUAUCGACGCCCUAAAGAACCUUGUAAACAACAUACCCAGCUGGCAGACGAGGCUCGAUGAGCUGAGCAGCCAGGUUGACAAGCGCCAGCUGGAGCUCGCCGCCCUCGCCGAGGCAAACAGCACCAAGGAGCCCGAGACCAGGUCGCUGAGGAAUAAGGGGUCCGUCGAGUCCCUCAAGCCCAAGGACGAUGGCGCGAUGCACAUUUUCUUCACCGAGGAUGUAGCACCAGUCCAGCAGCAGCAAGAUCUCGCCACAACCCCCCCACAGCCCAACAGGCAGCGCCGGUCCUCACCGCCGAGCCCGGCUGUCGCGAAGCGGCCGGCGUUCCCCCAGUCGUCAACAGACGCCAGCGGGGCAUCCAGCAGCCGCAUGGUCAAGAAGAGCAGGACGACGUCGAUUGCCUCUGCCGACGGGCCUCGCCAGACAUAUCGUACCAGAAACAUGAUUAUUGUCUACUACGACAGCUACGUGCAGGGCUUCUUCGAUGAUCUCGUCAGGUUCAUCUCAUCAAGUAGGAAUCUGAUGCGGAAGGCCAAGAUGGCAGCAAAGGUGGCCCAGAUUAAGAAGCUGGCCGAGAUGGACGUGCCUGAGGAUGAGAACGCGGAAGGCGACGACAAGGCUACCGAGGCUCUCCCCUCAUUACGAUACAUUAGCAGUCGGCGGUAUGGACCGACUGCCAUGCGUCUGGGCCACCCCAGCCUCGCGGGCCAGGCACCGGAUGUCUUUGACGAGCUGGACAAGGCCCUCGAGUUUGUGCAGAGCACGUGUGAGCACGGCGCCCACCAGUUCCUCAGGGACGCCAAGUGCAGCGAAGAGGUGUCCAAGAUCCAGCAGCGCAUUGGUGAGGUGCUCGAGAUGGCCAAGAAGGAGAUGGAGCGCAUCGAACGCGAGGAGCCCGAGACGAUGAAGGAGUCGGCGGACCCAAAGCCGCGCACCAUGAAACCCAUCACCGUCAGCAGGACAUUGGUGCCGCACCACAAGGAAGGUGACGAUGUCCACUCGCGGAAGCUUGAGGUGGCCGACUCCGCCGCGCCGAGGCUGCCUGCUGCUCUGCACAUGGCUGACCGCAUCGAGGCGGACCCCAACGCUGGCGACGACGACUUUGACACCGAGGCGCUGCUCGCCAGGAUACGCUACACCUCAUCAAGGCAGAUGCGCAUGCGGGCCGUGGUGAAUUAG